AUGCAUACCAAAACGUUAACAUGGCUCUUCUUCUUCAUCUUCAUCUUCUUCUUCUCGCUUUUCGACGUUAGUUUAUGUGAUCCACGAACCUCUGAAGCUGCUCUCCACUGCGGAGCUCUCAAGCCACCGCCAAACGCCAGCUUCAUUCCCACUUUCGUCGCGGAAAUGGAGUCUCUCUCGGAGCUCAUCACCAAGCACCACUGGGGCACUCACUUCGUUAACUCCACGCCGCCCAUGUACGGCCUAGCACAAUGCUUCAACGACUUGUCGCACACCGACUGCCUCCUCUGCUACGCCGCCAGCCGCACGAAGAUCCCACGCUGCCUCCCUUCACUCUCCGCCACCAUUUACCUCGACGGCUGCUUCCUCCGCUACGACAGCUACAUCUUCUACAACGAAGCCUCCGUCCCCGGAGUUGACUCCGUCGUGUGCGGUGGAGAAGAGGCGGCGGACGAGGCGGUGUUUGAGGGGAAUGUGAAGGAGGUGGUUGAGAGGGUUAAGAGAAGUGCGGCGGAGAAUGGGGGGUUUGGGGUGGCGGAGGUGGGUGGGGAGGUGUAUGGUUUGGGGCAGUGUUGGGAGACGGUGGGCGGUGAGGGGUGUAGAGAGUGUUUGGAGAAGGGCGGUGCCGUGGUGAGAGGGUGUGGGGUGAAGACAGAAGGGAGGGCUUUGAAUGCCGGGUGUUACUUGAGGUAUUCGACUCGCAAGUUUUAUAAUGAUCAGGGUGAAACAGAGCAUCAUGAACAUGAGAGAAGGGGAAUCAUCAUAGCAAUUGUUUUGGCAGUAGUUGCAUUCACAAUGCUGUCUCUCUUUGCUGCUUAUGCAGGCUAUACAAAGCUGGUGCAAGUCAGAAAAGAGGGCAGUAAUCUAGGCUUGGUGUCAAUAAGCAUUAGCAAGUAUUCUAGCUUGAGUUUCAAGUAUGAGACGCUAGAGAAGGCCACAGAUUAUUUCAACUCCUCUAGAAAAAUCGGGGAAGGGGGAGGUGGUACUGUGUUCAAGGGAACUCUUCCUAGUGGAAAGACAGUAGCUGUGAAGAGAUUGUUCUACAAUACCAAGCAAUGGGUGGAUGAGUUCUUCAAUGAGGUGAAUUUAAUCAGUGGAAUUCAGCACAAGCACCUUGUGAAACUUUUGGGAUGCAGCAUUGAAGGCCCUGAGAGCCUGCUGGUGUAUGAAUAUGUGCCUAACAGGAGCCUCGAUCAAUUCCUUUUCGAUAAGAACAGUGAUCAGUUUCUUAACUGGAAGCAGCGGUUUGAUAUUAUUGUUGGAACAGCUGAAGGGAUUGCAUAUCUUCAUGAAGGUUCUGAAGUAAGAAUAAUCCACAGGGACAUAAAAAGCAGCAAUGUUCUUCUCGAUGAGAAUCUCAGCCCCAAAAUUGCAGACUUUGGCCUUGCUCGGUGUUUUGCUUUAGACAAGUCUCAUCUUAGCACUGGCAUUGCUGGAACACUAGGUUAUAUGGCACCGGAGUAUCUUGUUCAAGGGCAACUUACAGAGAAAGCAGAUGUUUAUAGCUUCGGAGUGCUAGUUCUCGAGAUUGUGUCUGGUAUGAGGAAUAGCACCUUCAAACAAGAGAACUCAAACACUGAUUCACUCCUACACAAAGUAUGGAAACACUACAGAUCAAACGAGUUGGCCGAGGUGGUUGAUCCUCGCUUGAAAAAUCAUGAGCUCCCAGCAAAAGAGGUAUCAAACGUUCUUCAAAUCGGACUUCUGUGCACACAGGCCUCAGUCGCUUUGAGACCAUCUAUGGCUGAAGUAGUUCUAAUGCUAACAGCCAACAAAGAAACACACAUUCCUGUUCCAAACCAACCUCCCUUUCUAAGUGCCUCAACGCUAGAGCAAGCCAGCUCCAUUAAUACCGCCAACAGCUCCGUCUCAAACACUUUAACAAAAGCUGAGACAUUCUACACAUCGUCGGAGUCUUCCAGCAUGCCUAGUGUGGAUCAUAUGGGCAAUAUAUGAACGACAUGAGUAAACUCUAGCCGAAGUAGCAGGUUUCCGACAUCUAAAAACUUGUUGAAGGCAUGGUUGGAGGUCUGUUCAGCAUAGUUCAUGCCUGUGGCUGUGACCAUAUGAGUCUCCAGGUUCACUCUUCUGUGUCUUCUC